UGAGUUUCAUUCAAUUUUGUAAUAUAUAUAUAUAUAUAUAUAUAUACACACAUAUAUAUUUUCCUCAUUCAUUCUUUUUUAUACCAUUUUGAUUGUUUGUGAUAUUGAAGAUUAGCUUAUAUUUUCUAUGAAUGUUUUAGAAUGUAGGGUUUUUGUUAGCUUUUGGCUAUUUGGAAAAUGGGUGAAAAGGAAAUAGGUUGUAUAGUAAAGAAAACCAACGAAACUCUAUUAGGAGGAUUAUGGAAACCCAUCUCAAUUCGACAGCUAACUCCAUUAUAUUAAGUUGUUCUAUUCUAGUUCUAUUUAUUCAAAUUUUUAGGGUGUCUUUUUAUUUAUUUUUUUAAUUGCCAAAAAAAAAAAUGUAAUUUUACAGAAAACUUUUCAAAAAGUCCAGUUGGGACUUCGGAGGAGGUUUGGCUUAUUAGAUGCCCAUAAUUUCUUUUGCUUUAAAGUUGAAAAUUUGUCUUUAUUCUAUUAAUACUUUAGUUCUAUUCCUCUUAAAAUGUUAGUUUUAACUUUAAGUUCCCGUUUUUUGUAAUAUAAUGAAAACCUAUACGCGGUUUUACACCCAAAAACAAUUGGGAUUUUGGGUGUUGGAAUGGUGAACGAAUAGGUGUAGGGGUUUGUGGAUAUGAAGGAAUAAGUCUAAGAGGCAAAAAGGUGAGAUUUGAAGAAAUCUCAUUGAUGGAUAUUUGGGAGCAGGUAAUUAUGGAUUUUGGUGGUGGAAGGAAGUGGAGAAUGCAUGAAGCUUUAGGUUUUAAUGAACUUUGGGAAUCCAUGGAGACAAGAAAGAAAGUUGCCUGUGAAAAACACUUAUAAAUGGUAACAAAAAAUGAAUAAAUAAAAAAAGAUAGCACACGAAGAGAAAUAAGAAAGAGAAAGGAAACACUAGGCAUGGUGACCUUAUUAAACAAAGACAGUCUGACUUCAUUAAUCAAACUCUUGCUCAAUAAUCUGUAGGAUUACAUGUUAUGCACGCUCAUUCUUACAGGUCUUGGAGUUAUAGAGAAUUUGUUGCACUAAAAAGAAGUUAUAGGAAUAGUUAUUUUGGUAUGUCUAUAGGAUGAUAGGUGGUUAUUGGUGAUCAAGUGGCCAACCUAAAUGUUGUUGCAAGUUACGAUCCUGUUUAUUCAAUUUCCUUUUUUGGCUUGAUGCAGGUAGAAAUUUAAUAGUCUUCACUUUCAAUUCUUAAUGCUAAGCUUAUCCAUCCAUAAGAACUUAAACCUAAUAACUACCACAUUUACUCCUAUCUUGGUGACCAUCUAUUCAUUUUCACCCAUAGGAUGCAUUCAAGCAUGAUCUGGAUGUGCAUGCUCUUAGUGCUGUGUCAUAUUGUCUGCCUGUUUAUCUUUUGUAUUUGGACUUGGUCUUUAAAUUGAUUUUGUUUACAUCAAAACCAUGCGGAUACCUUCAUGCCCAAAAUGAUGAGGCGACAUUCAAAAUAGUAGUUUCUUGACUUGUUUUCUCAAGGAGGAUGUAGAAAAGCCCUUCCAUCUUCAACGAAGAGGGCUGCUGGAAGGGCAUUCUCUAGGGUUUAGGGUUGUAAAUUUUUUGAAAAUGAUUAACCCAUGACAAAGUUCCAAAAUUUGAAAUAUUAGUCACCUUGUUGGAAAGUAUGCCUCGACAUUUUACAUAGAAGAAUCCACAUGUAUGAUGAAGUAUAUGCAAGAUGUAUCUUUUCUUGAGCUGGCAUGACUUGUAUUUUUUUUAAUAAGAUGACAUCUUUAUUACCAAUGUCAAACUUGAUAAUGUUGCAUUGCUUAGGGUUUCAAUUGUCCAACUGCAUAAACAUGUGUUACAAAGUUUAUUUUUAUUUCUUAUGUUCAUUAGAUAUGGAUCAAAUAAAGAUUACAUAAUUGUUAGUUGUAAGUCGUGGAAUUUGCAAGUGAUGGUGCUGAUAUUGAAGAUGUAUCUUUUGGUAUAUCUAUAUGGAGUUCAGAUGCGUUAAUUUGAGGACAUUUUCUGUUGGUGACUUUUGUUGCAAUGAGUCCGUUUCAGAUGGCCAAUCAUUAAAGUGAUAAAAUUAUUUUCAACUUCAAAACGGAAAUUUACAAAACGAUUCUACCAUGAAGAAUAAAAGAUAAGUAUAAAAGAAAUUAUGUUUGAUUAUUCAGCCACAAGAACCUACCAAUUUUUCCAUCUUAUGGUGGUUUUUAAACCUUUUGCUCUUCUGGUGGCUGCAACUAUUUUAAGCCAAGUAAGGGCAUAAACUCCCAAAGGAUGACUACAAAAUAUUCUAUGUAGCAACUGAACAGUGUAAGAAUUUUAGUGGUUCCAUGGUUCUUGGCUCGUUACCUACAUGACAUAUGCCAUUAAUUUGGUUAAUAACUAUCAAAUAGAUCCAUAUUCUAUUUGCCUUUUUUUGUAUUUGCAGGACAAUUAUGCCAUUUGGUGUAGCAAGAUAAGAUUUAAACCCUUUUUUGUAUUUGAAGACAAGUCUGGUACUCGAGGUAACAGGAUUGGUUUUAGAUGUAUAAUGGAUUACACAAGUGAAUUUACUACUAAUGAGGUUUUCAAGAGUAAAGAAGCUUUAGUUGAAUGGACUCGUGAAGUUGGAAGGAGGAACGGUUUGGUGAUUGUGAUCAAGACAUCUGAUACAGGUGGAAAUGGUAGGAAGCCCAGGAUUACUUUUAAUUGUGAAAGAGGUGGAAAUUAUAGAAAAUUCAAGAGUACAGGGAUCCAGAAACAAAAACGAACGAAGAUUGCAGGCUCAAAGAAGUGUGGAUGUCCUUUUGCAUUGAAGGGCCAAAAGUUGGCUGCUGGUGAUGAAUGGAAAUUAGAGGUUGUAUGUGGAGUACAUAAUCAUCCAAUUGAAGAGCAUCACGGUGGGCACUCAUUUGCUGGAAGGCUAUCUCACGAAGAGACUAUGUUGCUGGUGGAUCUGUCUAAGAAUCUGGUCCGGCCAAAAGACAUUUUGAACACAUUAAAAGAAAGAAAUGCUCACAAUCUUAGCACUAUAAAGACAAUCUACAAUGCAUGCCAUAAGCAUAAGGUUGCAGAGAAGGUUGAGAGAUCACAACUGCAACAACUUGUAGCCAAGUUAUCAGAGCAUCAAUACAUCAAAUGGUAUAGAAGCAGGGACAAGAAUGAAAUAGUUGGAGACUUAUUCUGGGCACACCCUGUUAGUGCAGAUUUGUUACGUGCUUUUCCACGUGUUUUGAUAAUAGAUUGCACAUCAAAGGCUUAUUUGUAUCGCCUUCCCCUUUUGGAAAUUAUAGGAAUAACAUCCACUGAGAUGACUUUUUCAGUUGCUUUUGCAUACCUGGAGUCUGAGCAGGAAGACAACUACACAUGGGUGUUAAAUAGAUUAAAAAGUAUGAUGGAUGACGACGCUAUGCCUGAUGUGGUUGUCACAAACCGUGAUUCGGCUUUGAUGAAUGCCAUUGAGAAGGUAUUUCCCACCUCUAAAAAUUUAUUAUGUAGAUGGCAUAUCAAUAGGAAUAUAUUGACCCAAGGCAAGAAGUUGUUUGAGACAAAAGAGAUACGAGAAAAGUUUAUGUGUAGAUGGAAUAUGUUGGUCUAUUCUUCCACGGAAGAUGAGUACAUGGACCACCUCUUUGCACUAGAAGAUGAAUUUGUUGACUAUCCAGAAGCAAUUGAGUAUGUGACAAAUACUUGGUUGAAUGAAUAUAAGGAAAGAUUUGUGGCCGCCUGGACAAACAUGAUAAUGCACUUUGGCAAUGUGACAACAAACAAGGCUAAGAGUGCACACGAAAAGUUGAAAAAGCAUCUUGGCGCAAGCCAAGGGAGUUUUGAUACUUCAUGGACAAAGAUACACUCUUUGAUUGAGCAGCAGCAUAUUGACAUCAAAGCAUCACUUGAGAAAAGUUCAGCUAUUGUGCAAUAUAACUUAGAUCAAGAUGAGUUUAGAGAGCUUCAUGGUUUUGUCUCUACAAGUGCAAUGCCUAUAAUCAUUGCUGAGGCCAAAAGAGCAGAUUUAGAUGGUGUAGAUGUUUCAUUAUGUGGAUGUCUCACUCGACGCACAUAUGGUUUACCAUGUGCACAUGAGAUUGCAGAAUACAAAAGGACAAAUCAACCUAUCCCCCUUGAUUGCAUUGAUCCUCAUUGGAGGAAACUUGAUCUGGUGCUUGGCCCCAAGAAACAAAUUGUAGAGUUGACUUGUGAAGCAGAGUUAGAGUUAUUUGCGAAGCGCUUUAAUGAACAAGAUCGUUUUGGGAAGUUGCAAAUGUUGAAGAAGUUGAAGGCGAUUUUAGAAAGUCCCGAGUGUAUGUCUACUAUGGAACCAACCAUAAAUGAUGAUGCACAUGGCGGACAAGCAUUGAUUGUUUAUACUUCUACAAGUGAUGGCUUUGAGGUGGAACAAUCUGCACAAGAUGGUUAUUCACCUGGAGUUUCAGGAGUUGCAGGAGCGGUAGUGAAUGAAGCAGUAGAUACAGAAAAAGGAGAAGAUUAUUGAAAUCAAGUUUGGAGUUGAUUUAUAUGGUGCAUUUUUCUUUUCUUUUUUUUUUAUAAUUUUGUGCAGGUAUAUCGGAAUUAGUCAUUUAAUCAAAUGUAGAAUCAGUCCAAUUUUUUCUUCCUCUGUAUUUUCUGUUUCUCCACCCAUAUGUACAUCUAUUUUCUUUAGUCAAACGGGCCCUUUGGAUAUUCGCUUCAACCAACCUAGUUAUAAAUUGCUCGUUAUGCCA